AUGGCCGGCGGCGAGUCGAAAUCCGAAUGCGACGAAAGAGUUGCCAGGCUCUGGGCGCGUCUGGGCGCGGAAAAGAAGGAGCAUCUUGAUUACAAUGGGUUGAAAAAGGGUCUGAGGAGGAUCGAUCACCCUCUAAAGAAUGCUGACACUAUGCUGCGGAGCAUCUUCCGGUCGGUCGACUACAACGGGGAUGGGAUCAUAGAGUAUUCCGAAUUCCGGUCUUUCGUCGACCGUGCCGAACUGGAGCUAUGGCAGCUCUUCAAAAGCAUCGAUCGCAACAAUAACGGGGAAAUUGACAAAAGCGAGCUCAAGGCCGCGUUCUCGAAGGCGGGCGUCACUGUUUCCAACUCCAAACUCGAUGAGUUUUUCGCAGACGUGGAUACGAAUCAGGAUGGUGUUAUCACUUAUCCAGAGUGGAGGGACUUUCUUCUCUUUCUGUCCGGUUACUCUUCCUACGACCUGCACGCCGUUCUGUCAUACUACAGUGCCACGGGAAAUCUAAACCCGGAAGGAGAUGUCCACAUCAACGAUCUGCAGGGUUUAGGUACAGACCACUCGUUUCUUAGACGUUAUAUUUUGGCCAUCAGAACAUUUUUGCACAAUAUCUUCCCAGCGCACUCUUUGACAGCCCUCUUCCCGUCAGCCCAUGCGGAAGCUCCACAGUCCUCGUUCGCGAAUGAUACCUCCGGCUGUGACGGCGACCUAGAAUUGGAGUGGCUGCCCAUCCCCAGGACCGUCGCCAUGUGGAUGUCCUUUCGAUAUUAUGAACAGAAGUUGACCGAGAAUACUCCUCAACUAGGUUAUUUUAUUGCUGGUGGCAUCGCGGGCGCCGUAUCCAGGACAGCCACUGCGCCAUUGGACCGUCUGAAAGUCUAUCUCAUUGCGAAGACCGGAUCCCCAUCCCCCGCUGUCACUGCCGCCAAAGAUGGAGCUCCGCUCAAGGCCGCUGGGAGAGCUUCCAAGUCCCUGGUUGUUGCACUGAAAGAGCUAUGGAAGGCUGGGGGUAUCCGGAGUCUUUUUGCUGGCAACGGGUUGAAUGUUGUCAAGGUCAUGCCUGAGUCGGCCAUAAAAUUUGGAGCCUAUGAGUCCGCGAAACGGGCUUUCGCUCGCCUCGAGGGUCACAAUGAUCCCAAGCGCCUCAAACCCACUUCACAGUUUUUGUCUGGCGGAUGUGGUGGAAUGGUUGCUCAGUGCUUUGUUUAUCCUCUUGAUACUUUGAAGUUCCGAAUGCAAUGUGAAGUCGUCGAAGGUGGCUUAAAAGGCAAUCAACUCAUAGCGGCGACAGCCCGAAAAGUGUGGAACAAGAACGGCAUUUUCGGCUUCUUUCGUGGUUUGCCGCUUGGCCUGGUUGGAAUGUUUCCUUAUGCCGCCAUUGAUCUGUCGACCUUUGAGUACCUAAAACGCACCCUCCUUGCUCGGAAAGCUCGUCAACACGGCUGCCACGAGGACGACGUUCCUCUCUCCAACUUCACCACAGGUGCCAUUGGCGCUAUUAGCGGAGGUCUUAGCGCGUCGGUUGUCUAUCCCUUGAAUGUUCUUCGAACGCGGAUGCAGGCACAAGGCACCGUCCUACACCCCACAACCUACGACAGCGUCAUGGACGUUGCCCGCAAAACCGUUCAAGCUGAAGGCCUCCGCGGAUUCUACAAGGGGCUCACGCCGAAUAUGCUCAAGGUCGCCCCCGCAGUGUCUAUCAGCUACAUUGUCUACGAGAACUCAAAACGGAUGCUUGGGCUUAAGUAG